CGCCCAAGCUGACUCCUCUCUCUCCCUCUCUGACCGCGGCAGGGCCCAGAGGUGAUUCUGCCUGCACGAUGUCCUCCUUCCUGGAGGCGAGCUCUUCGCAGGCGCCACGUCGCGAACAAAAAAAGAAAGAAAAAAUAAAAGAAAAAGCAGAAGAAGGGACCAGGGAAGGGGACAUUAGCGGCGUUGGGGGUCAGCUCCGCCUGGGGCAGGCGCGCUAUGACAGUGGUGGGGUUUCCAACAGAGACUGCAGCCUCGCAGUGUCCUGGGAAGAAGCCCAGGCCAGCCCUGCCAGGGGACCUCGAGGCGUGGCGCUUGCGCAUACCCCUAGCCGGACCUCGGUCUGGUCCCCAGGGACAGCAAGCAGCAAGCAGGGCGGGCUGCACCGCCAGAGCAGCAGAAUCAAGAUACCCCUGGGCCUCAGGCCUGCACCCAGUGAGCUGGACCAAGAGCAGCCAGGUUGAAAUUCCUGCUGCCAUGGCAGGAUUCUGCAAGAGCAUUUCCCUUUGACAACAAGGAACCUGUGUGGAGGAGACCUCUUGGUGAGUCCUCAAGGACUCUGCAUUUCCUACUCUACAGGGAGAAGCCCUGCCAAGUCUUUGGCAAGGCCAGCCAGUUGUUUGGGUAAGUCUCUGGUCCUGUGUCAGAGGGCGAGGAAUGGCAGAAAGAAUGGCAGCUCCACUGAGAGCAAAGGCUACCCCUUCUAGGCCUAUGACCUCCUAAUUAAUUUAUCUUUUCACCUGAUGCCCUAUUCACAUUUUCUUACUAUCAUACAACUGUGAUCUUGAUGAGCAGCUGGGCUCUUGUUUUCUUAAUCAGUUCUUUGUUGUCACAGACGUUUUUAACUUACUCCAGCCCCUGAGACUUAUUCAUACCUUCUGUAUGCAGUAGGACCCUUGGUGGGACUGUCAUCUCAAAAAUAGAAGGUUCAGUAAUCCAAAAGAUUGGACACCAGGUUACCUCAGGCCAGGAAAGAAGUCUGCCACCAUUAGUAAAAGAGCAAGGGAAAAAUUACAUAGGAAAAACAAGUGGCUUAAUCAGAAGAAAAGAUCCUCAACUUCUAAGGCCCGCACAUCUGCACCCCUCUCUUCUGAGCUUUGUAUAGUGAUGUUGUAUAACUCCAGAUGGUAGUAAAAGGCAGAGCUCUUCCCAGAAAGGUCAGACAUGAUUUUCACUCUUACAUCUCUGAGGUGGGGUGGCAUUAUAGCACACAUUCAUGUUGAAUCAUUAUAACACCUAUGAUAAGAAGACAGAAUCCAUAUAUCACAAUGCCAAAUAGACUCCCUCCUGAACGUAUGGACGCAUUAAAAUUGAGGUUCAACCUGAACUCAGGCCAUUCCACUCCCUUCCCAUCCUCCUGAUUCUUAUGUUUGCUACAAGUAAAAGAUCAUGGUGUAGUCCCCAAUAUUCUCAUGCCUAGACUUGUCUAUUCACGAAGAAUGAUAUUGGAGAAGUGAAGGCUAUAUAGUUACAAUGUAGUAACACAAGGUCCUGGUUGACAUUUGCUCACUGAUGUCCAGUUUAAUUGUCUUGUUAUACUUGAGAAAGGGAGGAUGUCGUACAUAUUAUAUAAAACAGACAGAAAUUUAUUAUUUUAUAUAUGCCCUGUAGUUGAUCCCUAUGUUCCUAAGGAAAAGGAGUUUUUAUGCAAAAAAUAGGAUUAUAGACCAUUGAUUUUGUGAAAUACAUGGAUAUGUAAAUGGAAACAAUGUCAGCUUUCAAGGACUGCACAGUAAGCAAAUAUUUCCAGGUUUUAUACACUCAGAGGUAUAGAAGAAAUAUAUUGGCCUCCAGAAAAAAGGAAAAGCUUAGGAAUAGAAAUGUGUGUCACAUGCAUUGUCUCAAGUAGUUGAUUUACUUUUAAGAAAAAUCUCCCUCCUCCUUGGUCCCUAGAGAUUUGGGUGCUAAGAAAAAUCUGUUCUCCAAUUCAGGGUUGUAAGCAACCCUCCCCAGCAAAAGCAUUGUUGCCUUCUAAUGAAGCAGAGAGACAUAUCUAGCUUUGAAAUAGAGGUUGCCAAAUGGUAUUCCCAGUGACACAUGGGAGACUGGAGGAAAGGGUCCCCACAGAAAUUCAUCAGUGUGGGGAGAGCUGGUUAGUAGGUAGGCCAUAGAAUUUUCCAGUGACAUCACCAGUAAGCCGUUCACUGGACACUCUAUUGUAUCUAAGAGAUCCCUAGAAUCUUCUGUGAUGUCACCAGUGUUGUGGUGACACCAACUGCCUUUGGGAUAUUACUUCAGUUCCCUUUGCGUUCACAAGCAGGCAUGUUUUGCCAGCUGCUCAGGCUAUUUCGGAAGGAAAGUGUUGAUCAAGGUGAGACCGCACCAGGUCAGAGGGAAGCUGACCCCCUCUCUAGUAAAACAGGAAGGAGGAAAUCAUUCUGGGGAAGCCUUGUUUUUGGUAGGAAGGCAUCAUCCCAAAAUGUCAUCAGUAAGCAAGAGGAGUGUCUAAAGGAACUGGAGGAACUCAAAUUUGAAAUCCAGAAGUGUCAAUUCGAGAGGGAUGAACUUUAUCAAAUCCUGGAUCUUUAUAUCUAUGAUGAGUGGGACCACAGGCUGCAUGUCGAAUUGCCAGUCCUUCAAUCUGAACAUGAGAUGAGAAUGAUGGCUAUGCAAAUGAUGACCAACUCAAUAAGUGAUGCCAUGGAGAGGUACAAGGAGCUCAUACAAGUGAACAGUUCCUACCGCAUCAGGCAAUACCACCUCCUGCGUGAACAAACUCAAUUGAAGAACAAUAUACAGAUUUUGCUGAAUGAGAAGAGAGAACUGCUGGUGGAGCAGACUGAACUGCCAGCAUCCUCUGUGGAGGCAAAGAGGCUCUGUGAAGAGGCCGGAAUGAACAUCUGUGACCCCGGAGCCAAGCCACAGCAGGUCUGAAAUUCUCCAGCAGAAACUCGAACAUGACACAGACCAGGACAAGAUCUCCCUUGGAGAGAAGAGCUACAGGAGGAGAACUAAGUGCGCACAGCAAAUACACCACUAUUGCGUCUCAUCUGUAGUGUCCAUAGCAAUUGUGGACUGCAUUUUCCUCCUUUAGUUUAACUUCUUUGGAUUGAAUAGGCUGUACUUUCACCUCAGCCUCUCCAACAAGUGUGUACUUUUUGAGGGACUCAGAGAAGUGCUGAUGCACAUCAAUCAAGAGCUGCAGGUCAUCCAGAAAGACUGUGCACGGGUAAAUUUGUACUUGUCCUGAUGGGUCAUCCAGAAGAGUUUCAUGGAGAUCAGUUCACAACAUUGGAAAGACUUUGUGACAAAGUCUGUAAUAUCAUUUAUACUCAGUAUUGGUAGGCUUUUUCCUUAAUACCCCCACUCCAACAAAACAGACCUACUUCCACUCCUCUCGAAAAGAUUGUUACCAUCACUAACUGCUUGUCUACUAUGUCUCCAAGGCAAGCCACAGGCUAUAAGUCUAUUCUGCAAAAGGAGCAGCAAAAGAAUACUUAGCGCAAUUCUUCUAUUUAAAGUUUGGUUAAUUUUUAAUUGUUUUGGUUAUUUGGUUUUCCUUCUAUUCAUUUGAAGAUUUAUUAUUUAUCUGUUGUUGUUGUUUUGUUCAUUUGCUUUUCUAUUUUGAUAAGGAUAUACACUGUAUAUAUUGACUACCUGCAUCUGGUUACUAUCAAGUAAAUUGGAUGUAUUCUGGUCAAUAAAGUAGUAAUCUCAAA